UGUGCAUGACCCUGCUGUGUUGUCAUUCAAAUUAACACUUUGCCUAUUCGCAAAGACUUGUGUUUAUUGGCUCAGCGACGGAUUAAUUUACUAAUCACAAAGCUUUGGUCGGUGUGGAAUGAUCUUGGGAUUACUUCGUGUUGCAUUUCAAGGCAACGAAAAAUGUUAUCUGAAGCUAAGACUAAAGGCUCAUGGAGGUUCAUUUAUCUCUGCUUCUAUUUACACAACAAAAAGACUUUUAUUCUAUCUUGAUCAGGUGAGAAUUACUGUGUUUUGUUCAAUAGUCUUCUAAUCUUGUCAACACUGUGGUUCCACUUCGCUUGUCAAAAAUUUACGAGAAAUAAUGAAGUUUUGGCAAAAGAGGACCUUGAAUAGAUCCAUGUAUGUGUCCAAGUUCGAUAAUGUUUUGCAUUUUCUCUGUUUACUUCGCUGUUCAUUUAGAUUGGUAAUGUCGAUGCUUUCAUAAAGUUGCGGAGGGAUAAACCUGUCAAUGUGACAGGAAAUCCACUCUAUUCAUUCGUUCAGUGCACUUGCUCACGAAGAACUAUGAAAUAUGUCAUACAUCAACGCGGCUGCCCUUAAAAUGACGCGAACGCGAAAUGUUUUUCCAUUCAAAUCUCUCAACGCAAACACAAGAAAAAAGAACCGCUCGCGUUGUAUCCUCUUUGCUCUCUCUUAAUACGUUGCAUGUUUACAGUUUGAAGCUAUUAAAUUUGAGUUCAUGGAUUAUUACAUAUUGCGUUUCAUUUGUAAUCUACUUUCUGUACUUACAGAUGACUUCAAGUGUUCCGCAGUGCAUUGUGGGAUAGAUCUGACCGGCUAUGCAAAGAACCGAGAAUAUAAAUAACCUCAAUGGGGUUACACCGCAAUACCGACAGAGAAAGGUCUCUAGUUCUCGACGAUUUCAUGAGAGCAGGAAAAUCGAACCCACGGACAUGGCUCGACCUAUUAGCAAGAACAUGAACGGACACACAAAAUAUGAUAUGAUUAAUGGACAACCCAAGAAAGAAUCCGCAACUUCUCUUAAUCUUCCUAACAACUUCAUCGAAGCGGCCUCAUUACUGGGAAGUAUAGGAUCUCUGAGAGCUGCUGAAACUACGGACAGAUAUCGAAGAGGGAGUACUUCUCAUGAAGAGGACAUGUACAGAGAUUUCCCUUUUCCUUUCGAAAAUUUGGUUUUUGAAGGAGGGGGCAACAAAGGAAUGGCUUAUGUUGGUGCUCUUCAGGUCAGUGUAGAGUGCGUGUUGCUGUUUUGAUUUGUUUUCAAGUUCCUUGAUUGUUAUGACACUUUUUGCAUCCAGCCGAGAUUCCUUCGCUACGGCCUGUUUACUCGGCAUCGCAGAGAUAGUUUUACUUCCAGUUUGUUUUACGUGAAAGAAAACGCAAGUUUAAGGUCUGAGAGAUCGAAGCGUAUUUGAAUUUUGUCUUCUUUGUCGCAUUCCCCUCAAUGUCAGCAACAACUUUGACAAUCGCGAUUAAUUUGUUGCAUUCGUAAUGAAGUACGGCUUAACUCCUCGAAGAAAAAAUUUGCCUCCGUUAUGAAACAAAGUGAAUUGGUAAGGAAUAUAACGUUCUAUCUGUUAAGACUUUUUAUAUCAUUUACUUUGAGAAAUACGCUUGAGAUUUCUGUUUUAUCUAAAGAUAUUGAGAGUGCAUUGUGUAGAGAUAUUUCGUUCUUAACCUUCACCCAUUGUGUGCUAAUUUGCUAAUUGCUAUUAGCAUAUUGGCAUUAUAACGGGUUUAUGGAAUAUACAAAAAAAUAGAGAUUUUGAAAUUUUAACUGUUAGCUAUUCCAAAAAGCAAUAAUCUUCCGGUUUGACCCUUUCCGAAGACAAUUUCAACAGAUGCCUCGCAUUAAGGAAGCCACGAAAGAACAUCGUUUCCUCGAUCAUUCUCUUAAAAUGUUUUAGUUAGUGUUAUGUUUUACUACACUCUAAUGUUUCGUAACUUGAUCAUUGUCCUCAACUGACAUACACAUACAUGUAUAGUCAGGUAACAAGUUUUACCAACUAAAAUAAGUCACAUAAGCUCACACUAAGAGGAGCUUUGGCUCGAACAAUCACAUAUGACACAUGUUAGUAAUUUCUUAUUUGCGAAAUCAUCACUUCAUGAAAGUGGCUAGCUACAUAGUUAACUAAUACAAGCGUGUAAUUUUAAAUUUAAAAUAUUUGAUUAAAAAAACUUCCAUAAGCUUAAUAUUAUUUGGGUGUAAUAUUGUAUCACCUGACAGGAAAAAUUGAGAAAAAAAAUUGUAAAUAUACGUACGGUCAGCUUACAUCAAGCUACUAGUGAGUAGAUGUCAGAAUGAUAUUUCCGUUUUUUCCUUUUGGGCAGCCAGCCAGGUCAUCAUAAUAUAAUGUUGCCUGAUCUAAUCUAUUACAUCAUCAGUGUUCAGCAAACAUUGUUGGGGGUUGUAAGUCAGAAAGCCUUGGAAGGAUUGUGGAUUAACAGAAAAAACCCAAAAAUGGACGUCAUUUGGCAAAUUGUAAUUCCUUUUAUCUGACGUGAAUUUCUAUUACAUUUCUAAAUCUAAAUUAUGCAAAAUAUGCUUUUGUUUUUCAUGAUUUAUUGAAAAAUUUGGUGAAAAUUUGGUUUGACAUUCCAAAUCCAAAUUUCCUUAUCCAAAGCACCUUUAAUGGAAUUUUUUAAUUUGUUAAAAUAUGUAUGGUCCAUUUCCAAGUUGUCCCAAGCCUCUGUUUCAAAGCGAGGCUAAGUGCAUUAUAGUCUGUGAUAUAGAAAAAAACCUGCGUUUCUCAGUAGCUGCACCUACUCUCUGGAAUUCCUUGCCCAUAGACAUUAAAAGCGUGUAAACUUUGUUUCUCUUUAAAAGAAAGCUCAAAACAUUUUUAUUUAAUCAUUUUUAAUUUAGUUUUGUAAAUUUCUUAUAUGUUAUUUCUUACCUUUGUAAAGCACGCUAAGAUUGUGUAGCUGCGCUCUAGAAGAAUUUCACUAUUACUAUUAUUGUUAUUAGUGGCUUAUUAGCAGAAACAGAUAGCACUACUAAAAGUGGAAGUUAUGUUCCAAGAUGUGUAGCCCAUCAUGGUGGGUGGACCAAAAACCCUACGUGACUCCUGAUCUAAUAUCAUCUAAAAACAGUAGCCACUCUGGUAAAUUACACUCUAAAAUUUUUUACUAAAUUGACCUUAUAGGGUUAAAUUUUAAUCCACAGUAUCAUUUUGUGUUAUCAUUACUUAGUGUCGUGGAAUGAAGGGUCAAAAGGAUUUUAUUCUCUGUUUUCACUGUCAUGCCAUCAAAAAUAAAAAUGCAAACUAUUGUGUGCAAGAUAUUCGGAAAAUCGUUUCACCCAGAUUUGUAAAACUUUGUAUGAAGAUGCCAUGUUGGUGUCCCUUUAAGGGGUACAAAUAUGGCCACCGGAACCAACAGAAACAUCUGUUUUUGAGUCUUUCUACAAAUGCAUGAAUUCAUCACUUGAGGAACUCAUAAAGAUUAAAGUAAUAUUUAUUCUGAGACAAGGAAUGUUUAGAUAGCAAAGUCUCAAAAACUCAGUAAUGUUUUUUACCCACAUACAGAGAGAGCUUUCCCAUCUGACAGCUAAAUGCAGCAUCUUGCAAAAGCUUCGAAAUUCUCGCAUCCUUUAUCACAAAAAGAAGAAUUCUUUCAAACAGAAAAUUUGUAUCAAUAAAGGUGUCUACCGUGUAGCAUGAAAAUUUUGCGGGUUCUAAUUUUUGCGAAUUUUGCGGAUUGACCUCGAUCCGCAAAAAUUAGUUCCCGCAGAAAAAAACCCACAAAAUAAAAUGCCGCAAAAAUUAACUCCCUUCAGUCAAAUUAAAAACUCUGCUUUUAAUGUACUUGUUGUGUAUGGUAGGGAUAGGCUUUUGUUUUGUUUUGCUGUUGUUCAGUCCCUUUGUGCAGUAAGAUAUUACAGUGAUUACCAUAUUAUUCUCCCUUAAAUAUGUAAGUAGAGUGAACUUUGACUCAACAUACCUUAAAUAUUCUGCUACUUGAACAGAGAAUCGCAAAAAUUAGUUCCCACCAGAAAUUUCAGUCAUCUGGAACCACAAAAAUUUGUUCCCGCAAACGACAAAAAAUCGCCAAUUCCCAAAAUAAAACUCCUGCAAAAUUUUCAUGCUACACGGUAGGUGCUGUAAUACAUUGUACAGUGAAAAGUGGAAAGUGGAAACUCAAGAGAAUCAAUAGCUUCUUAGUUUGAAUUUUGGUGAUGUCAUGUGAAAACAGAGAAAUCCACUUACAAGUUCUUAGACUAGAAAAGUUCUCUAGAAAUGUAGCUGAACUAUGCCUGGGUAAAGUUUAACUAUUUUGUGAGGAACUGGGUCAUUGUCUCUUACAUGUAAACUGUUUUUUAUAUAUAUGCCCUUUCCAAGUUGCCAGCCAUUCAAUAGAUGCAUUUUGUUCAUACAAGAAUUUGAGUAACGCUGGUUAACAGGUAAUUUGUAUUGUAAGCGUCAGUCCUUGAAAAAGCUUUUAUUUGUAAAAUCCAUAUAGCAAACACAUUAAUUUUUACCUGCCCCUUGGCCCUUUGUGAUAUUGAGGUUCCACUGUAAGAGGCAUAUAUAUUCUACCAAGUGCUUUUAUGGGUGCUGUGGAUGAGUUUCAUUUAUGGUACAGUCUUCCUUAUUUAUCUGACUUCAAUCAACAGGUGUUGGAAUCUGCUGGCAUCUUGAGAAGCAUUAAAAGAGUAGCCGGGGCUAGUGCAGGAGCAAUAAUUGCAGCACUUAUAUCACUAGGGUAUGACUCAAGUGACUUGAGGGAAUUUCUGGAACAGGAUUUAAGACGGAUUUUAGUUGGUGGGUUUUAUAUCCCAUGUGUUUGUUUAUAACUUCUAUAAAUGUCAUUCAAGACCUGUGUUUUUACACAAAGUAACCUAGCAAUACAGCGGUUUUUGUCUUGUCCAUCAAAGGGUGACCUGGUCUGCAUGUACAUGUAAUUUUCCAGGUAUAGGUAGAAGAGUAGACUGUUUCUGAGGGUCACCAAAUAUCAAAUCUGGGUCUUGCAUGGUCAAUUUCCAAAAAAUGAUACAAAAAAGUAUAAGAAAUAAAUUUGUCAGGUUUCAUACCCGUUGUACUUAAUUAAUAUAAACUUGAUGGUGCAGAUUAGCAAUGAAAUGACUACUGCCCUGAAUAUAGGAUGCUACAUGAAGUCCAUUAAUCACAGGGUGAUCUCCUGCUGGUGUAAACUAAGAGAUUUGUGUACAGUUCCCAUGUAAUGUCUCAUAUAGCUUUCCAUAGUAGAUAAAAUAAUAAUAAAAAUAAUUAAAAUAAUAAUGAUGAAAUUUACAUAGCACCAGUUUUCUUUACAUGUAAUUUGAUGAUGCUGAUGCAGUGUGAGCCAAUCAAAAGCUUACAGGGACUUGUAUUUAAUCAUAAAAACAUAUUUAGUGAUUUUUGGUAGUAACCUCUAUAUACCAUGCAGGGCAGUGUUUAUAGUUAAAGGCUCUGAAGAGUUGGACCUUACACUAUGAAGAAAAACAUCCUGCUAGCAAACAGGGUAGGAUUGGAACCCUCCCUGGGCCACCCAAUUACAAGUUCUGUGCUCCUGCAGACCCUUGCAUGUAAGCCAUGCUGUCUCGAUCCAUGCUGCUAUUUCUGGGUAUAAUUUUGAUAAGUUUCAAUGUAAUUUGAUCUUGGUAUUUUUGUUUUGUUAGAUCAUACUUGUGGUUAUUGUAGCCUUCUUCCAAACCUACUGAAAGGAUUUGGCUGGAAUCCAGGGAAGAGAAUGUUGAAAUGGUUUGGAGAACAGCUUAAGGAGCGGACGGGUGAUGGCGAUAUUACAUUUAAGGAGGUGUGUGGAAUAGUUGUAAAUUACAGUCAGAUCCCGGCCGCUUUACGGACCCCUCAUUAUUACAGACAGUUUGCUUUGUUCCUGGGGAAAGAGAGUCCUUAUUAAUACAUUAUCUCUAAAUUCAACCCCGCUAAUAUGGAAUAAUAAUACAUGUGACACUUUCUAUGGCAGCCUUGAACAGUGUCUGUAUUAACAGGGUUUGACUGUAUUGUGACUUGUGUAAGAUAAUGCUGUGAAAAAGAAAUUUCAGUUAUUAACUGCUAGGAUGAUGAAUAUGUCCUUUUUUCCUAGUUUUCACACACAAAGUAACUUAUUCAGUGCUUGAACUCCGUGAUGAGUGAUUGAUUUACACAUGCUUUCUAUCAUAGGGUAAAAAAGAAGUUUCUUAUAACAGAAAGAAUUUAAAUUUUUCAGUACACCGACACUUUAGUACAAACUUUAGUACAAAAUCUUCUGCAUGUUUUUAACUUUAUAGAAAAUGCAAACUGAAUAACAAAGUAUCAUUAAAGGAAAAAGGUUAAAGUUCAUUGAUUAGUGCAUUCUCUUUCAAUGGGAAAGUGAUUUUGUUCCGAUCAACAAUAACAGCUUUUUAAUGUCACAGUGAAGGGAUACAGCCUUGAAAUAUGAAAAAAUGCCCAUAUUUUGUGUUUGUAGAGAUGUAAUAAUAAUAAUCUUUGACUUGAUUUUUGUCAUCAGUAUUUGCAUUGAUGUCAGUGAUAUUAUUGUGUAUUUUCCUUGAUAAUGUUCUUAGCAGAUGGUCAGAAAAGACAAAACGUCUUACUAAGUUUUCUUUAUAUUUUCUUGAGACAUAAACCAGCUAACUUAAUUACAUUAAUUCCAAACAUUGACAAGUUGAACAGAAAUUAAAACUCACAUUAGACUCGACUAGAACAGAGUAGAAUAGAAUAGAACAGUGGAAAUUUUCCAGCACUGGUUCAGGUUUGAGGAACCAGAGGUGAGAUUGGAACUCAGCAUCUAAAGUGGCACUUUGCUGCUGCUUCACUCUAUGUAGCAUCUUACCCUACCCCACAUUCGCCUUCUGGUUGAUAUGUUAAGGAUGCAGAUGACAAGGCCAUUGACUUGCCGCACUGUCUCUGAACCAAGGAUUUCUGACAAACUUUUUUGUGGUUAUUGUAUUUCCAUGCAGUCUUGUUGCAAAGGAAUUACAUGCGUAAAGAAUCACUUUGUUAUAAAUACUUACAUGUACAGGUGUAUGAGCGGUUUGGUAAAGAGCUGUGUAUUGUGGUUACCAACUUGAAUCAGAUGUCAGUGGAGUACUUUCACCCCAAGACAACUCCAAAUACACCCAUAAGAAGAGCUGUUAGAAUGUCUGUUGCACUUCCUGGUAAGUCUAAUGUCUUCAGAAUUACUAUUGUUAUUAUUAUUAUUAUUUUUUAAUAACUUAUUGAAAACCAUUUAAACCAUAAAAAACUGUUGUUAAAUACCAGUACUUAGGUGGAUCAGCUGUUAGGUAUAUCUCAGAUUCGAGGCAUUUUGAAANAAAGGAAUUGCAUGCAUAAAGAAUCACUUUGUUAUAAAUACUUACAUGUACAGGUGUAUGAGCGGUUUGGUAAAGAGCUGUGUAUUGUGGUUACCAACUUGAAUCAGAUGUCAGUGGAGUACUUUCACCCCAAGACGACUCCAAAUACACCCAUAAGAAGAGCUGUUAGAAUGUCUGUUGCACUUCCUGGUAAGUCUAAUGUCUUCAGAAUUGCUAUUGUUAUUAUUAUUAUUAUUUUUUAAUAACUUAUUGAAAACCAUUUAAACCAUAAAAAACUGUUGUUAAAUACCAGUACUUAGGUGGAUCAGCUGUUAGGUAUAUCUCAGAUUCGAGGCAUUUUGAAAGUACCUACAUGUAAAUGGCAGUUUUUCCAACCCUUUUUAAAUUCUGAACUUCUUCCAGGCAUUGUAUCAGCCUUGCAUAGUCCAUUAUAGGGAAUGCCCUCCCCCACUCCCCCUCGAAGUGUGUGUCCCUAUGGCAUAAGGUAAACAAGCUCAUUCUUUACGGCAGUUCAAGACAGCAGUAUUGUUGUUGCAGGUUCUGACAUUUGUAUGUUACAUGUCACGUUUGCAGAUUGUGGAACAUCUGGUUCUACAAUUAUGUACAUUUGUUGUGAAAAUAAAAAAACGUACAGCUUCUACAUUUUUGCAUCCAAAAUGUUGUCAACACUCAGGAAGAGAAGCAGUGAAUUGUUUAUGAAAAGAAGAGGCCUAGCUGUUUAAGCAAUUCUGCAGGCUCCUUUAUAAAAGAGCAAUGUACUCUGUAGUACAUAUAUUGUGGUAGUAAUAUCAAUAUUUUUUGUAUGUCUUCUAGAUAAAAUUUAUGAUAGUUUGGUUGAUGUGAGCUCUUUUUGUUUUUGAAGGUGUAUUUCAGUGUGUACGUGAAAUGAAUAAUGAUUAUGAAGAUGUGUAUGUAGAUGGAGGCCUUUUGUGCAAUUAUCCAAUUCAUGCAUUCGAUGGUGAGUAGUUUUGAAUUCAUAAUUGCAGUUGUUUUUAUUUACUUCCCCAUGAGAUAGCUAAUGAUGAAUCAGGAUUUUAGACCUGAAGUCCUGGCCAUGUGCCACAUCACUUGUUGUUCCAGUUAAGACAAGUUUAACUGUCCCUCACACAGUACGUCUCUCCUCACCUCAGCUUUAUAUAUGGAGUGGAUACUGGCAAAAUGCUUUUACAGAGUAACCCUCUUAUGUACCAUUAUACCAUUCAGGAGGCAGCGGGUGUGACACUCCUAUGUCCCUCAUGGCCACUCAACUCAACUCAUCUUAUAAUUUUCUGCAUCCUGCAAAUAACUAAUGUACUUAUGGUGUGGGUAGCAAAAUAGCAUCACUUUGAUAAAAUAUUUCUGAGUGUCUCUAUAAUGUGGUUUGGAAUGUGAGGAGCAAGCUAACACUUGUCGUAUCUUUUUGGUCUCAUGCAAAAUGUUCCAUAAACUGGGCUAGGGCCUAGCCGUGUGGCUGUCCAGCCAUGCCGGGCUCUCUUGUGCCUUACCAUUGUCCAUGGAUCUAAAGGAAAAAGAGCAUACAGACUUCAUAUGGGCCUCACUCUUUUAUGGCAUCAACUGCCCUUUUAGUCUAAGCUUCCUUAUGAAUCAAUGUUUGUUUUUAACUCAAGAUUGUUUGUGGAGCAGCAAUACAUUAAUAACUGAUUCUAAAGCUCAUCAAUCUUUUUGACAGUUUUUUUCCUUAAUGGCAUUUUAGACAAGUGUUCAUAGAUAAUAAUCAAAACAAUGACUACAGCUAGUGUUGAUUGGUAAUUUUUUUUUUAGGGUGGUGGUUAUCAAUGGAUCCUAAAGACACAUUUUUCAAGCGACUACAACCUCUAGAAGAUUUUGCAAAGCUCUUUGAAAAAUCAGAGCGGUUUGGAACAUGGAAUAAUAAAACACUAGGAAUAGUUUUGGUGAGUGGAAAAAAAUUAAUAAAAUUAUGUGAUGAAAAAAUAUGAUGCAUAUAUUUUGCACUUGUGAAGUGUUACUUUUUGGUGACUUAAAUGCCAACCUUAAACACUCAAACGAACUGCAUUCCAGCACACUUUUCACUUAAUUAUUACACUCUUUUGUUCUUCAAAUUUAAUGUUGUGUUUCACACCUUUGUGUCCUAUAUAUUAUAUCGUUUCAUAGUCUCUUUCAUUUGCAUUUGAUGAUGGUGAAAUGUCGUAGCCAAAACGUCAGGUUUUAAUAGCGUUGCUUUUUAUCCUUGAAUGUCAUUUACAUGAUAAGUGUGGAUUUUGAUCAAGUGUAAAUAAGUAAUUUUGUAGCUCUUUUUGGCCUUAUUUUGUAAUCAUUGACUAGCACUAUUCCUAAGCGAGUCGGAAAUAAGAAUGAAUUCAAGUAUGAGUUACUCUUGGUCCUUUUCCCUUGCCCCUUGCUCAGUAUACUUGCUUUGUCAACCUUUUGUAGUUAUUUUUUUCUUUUAUAAUAUGUAACUGUUUCUUUUUUGUUGUUGUUCCAGUAUUCACAUACCGAGACAGAGCUAAUGAAAACUCUUCUUACGGAACGGGAAGGCAAUAAGCCUCCAAAGCCUCCAGCCACCAAGCUCUCCAAGUAAUGUUUAGUCCUUGCUUUCAUCUUUGUGCAGUUUAACUUUGAAAUGAAUAUACCUAAUUCUGUGGUACUUGUGUGUUGCUUAAUGUAGAGAGAGACUGGUCUGGAGAAUAAUGCUAGAGUAGGGACUCUUAUGACCAAUUGUGUGUUCUGAGUGGUCGGACUGAGUACUGAUUUACUUCCCACCAAUGUGGCCUGGGAUAGAAUUCCAGACUCGGCUACACGAUAUCAUGUGUUGUUAGUAUUUCUGUAGGUAUUGCGGAUUUUCCCUCCUCUCCAGCUUUUCUUAAUUCUAGUAUGAUUCAAAACAUGGCAGAUAAGAGCCAUUUCGUUGAUGAGCUACCUCUUCAAUCAUAUAUUUUUUAUAUUUAUAUCAUUUCUCCUUUUCAUUGUAUAAGAAUCAGGUUUAUAAUGAGAAAUCUUGUAAGCUGCUAACGUGCUGAUUAUUACUUUGCAGACAGAGACUGAAAUUACAACACCAACAGGCCAUAAUGCAUCAGGAGCAUCAAACGAUGGUGAAGGCUGUUGGAAGAUUUAUGGCGGUUCGUGACAUUACUGUUUUCUUGCUUUUACGUACUGAGCAAAGAAUGUCAACUGUGUUGUACUUGUGUGAAGUAAAAAACAGGGACCUUACGAAACUACGACGCGACGGCAACGGCAACGGCAACGGCAGCGUCAAAAAGCAAUAGGUUUAGUUAGCAAAACAACAACUUUGCACGUGCAUCACGCUUUUUUGUACAUUUCUUUGCCGCCCUUCCUUGAACCACUACAACGUGAAAUGACCAAAUGUUAAGUUAUUGUUUGAGGACGGGAACGGCAAGGUGAUAAAUUCUACCUUCUCUGUCUGAACUCGGGUGCGGCCCCGUCUCUUCAGUUCUAACAUAAAUUCCCUUCUUUUAAGUAACUGGGCGACUUGGGAUAAUUGCGAAAUGGUUUGAAAGGAUACGGAGUCUAUUUUUCAGCGUCCUUUUGAUGGACGUCGCCGUUGUCGGAUCGUAAGGUCCCUAAUGCAGUAAUUUUAACACUUGACACUUGCUCUUUGUAACGACACCUAACUCUCGCCAAGCGGGGUAAACACCAAUUUGUUUUGAAAAUCUUACUUUCAAACUGAGGCCAAAAUCUUUCUUACGAAAAUGAUUUCAUUUUGACUGUGAAUAAAAAUCCACUUUCGUAUCAAAGACUUCAUACUUUCAUGCUUAGCCUCUUUUUCAAAAAGAAGUUCAAGGCAACUUCGUAAUGUCGUCAAUGUUACAGACCGUGGGAAAGCAAACCGAUGAGGUCACAAUAUUUUUUUCUACUCAGCUGAGGAACACUCUGGCUAACUGUUUCCUUGUGAAAUAAACUAAAAGGCGUGCGGAAUAUUUAUUUCGAUUGGCAGAGAAAGCUACGUUCGUUCGUUAGUUUCAAAGGAAACUGUGAUGCUGUUUUAUCAAACCUGAUGAUAAAGUCAAUUAUUCGUAACUAACAUGAAAAGAUUUAAUGGAGUAAAGAGCUUGCGAUCGAAACGUCGUGUAAUAGAAUUGGAAAUAAUUAAUGGAGCUGAUAUCUCUGUAUCUUGUAGGAACUGCAAAGGAACAAUCUUGAUGAGGACAGCAUUAUUAAUUUAAAGGAACUAAGAGGCGUCUUCAAGAAGGUACUUUACAACUCUUUUUUAGCAGGUAAUGUUGUGUUUUUUCUUUAGAUUGUGAAGCAAGGCUUGGUAUAAUCAACCUCGCUAUUAUCCUUUUUGUAUGUAGCCAGUAGAAUUUACGAGGGAAGAUGCGGAGUUAUUAUUCGGCCCAGAUGCCGAUUACAGAGCAGCCUUUGAAGAACUUGAUACGGACGAAGAUGGAGAGGUUAGAACCAUUUUGUCUCCAUGCACAGUCUAAUUAAAUGAAGCCUUUUCCACGCUGAUGCGUUUGCGCGAAAAAGGCUUCGUCUCCUCCUUGGUUACAUAAAAUUCGUAAAAAACUCCGCGUGUUUGACAGUUUUUGUUUGGUUAACCUCCAAAGUUACCCGUCCGUACUAGAAGAAAAGAUCCCUCUGAUGUCGAUUACGGUUGUCGAUUGCCGACUGCGUUUUCAAGUAAUAAUAAUAAUAUUAAUAAUUAAAGAUAAUAAUAAAAAAUUUUAAAAGGCACCUUUUCCAUGCAAAUAAUUAUGUUCAAAAGCGCGUUAUACAAUACAAUAAUCAUGUUAAAAAGAAAAUAAAAUCUCAAAUGUACAUAGUAAGUGAAAGUAGAUUGGUGUGUAUGGUUCAUACAUACCAAAUGAAUAGGGCUACAUACUGUAGGGCCUGCAUCUUACCUGGCAACUUACUGCUGGGGUUGGAAUUCAACGGCCUGGUUGCCUCUAGUCAAAAUGAUUCUGGGGGUAAAAUGGUUGAUAUAAACUUUUGUUUUGCAGAUUACGUUUCAAGAGUUAAUGGCUUUCAUUGAGAAAAAGGGAGUUAAUCUACAAACGAGAUUUCUUGGUUAUGCUAGGAAAGAGAUAAAACAUUUAGGAGAGUUUAUACAGACACUACAGGUGAACAAAAAAAGAUUUUUACACGUGCAAUGUUAUUGGUGAUUCUCAAAGCUCUCCUGAUAAUUCAAGGUUGUAAGUGUUCUUAGUUAUUGUGUUGAACUUCAAAGACUGCUGGAAAUAAAAUUAGGAGCCAUGAUAUUGUAAUCUAUACGCCAAAAAAGGUAGAACUGUAGCUACAAAAAGGCAUUGAAACACUAUAUUUUAGUGAAAUCAAUGUGCACGCAAGUAAUGAUUAUCCCGGUGGCGGAGCCUUGAAAACUGCGUGUUGUCUGUUGCUUCAUUUUGUUUUAUAAGCAAUCUCUAAUACCUUUUCACUUAUCAGUGAAAUCUUCAUCAUAAGAUUUGCAACUGUUCUUUAAUGCAGUUUCUGCCCUUAUCUUUUACUUUAGACGGCGUUAUCUGUAAAUGUUAAAAGAGUUUACGUCGAGGUAAGUGGUGCGCCUACGUAUUAUUGACAGCAGACUAGUCCUCUUCUUUCUGACUCAUAUUUUUCUUCGAUGGACGCAUGACAAUCGCGAGAGUCGCGCUCUUUCCAAGAGUCUUUCUGCAGCCAAGAUGCUGUCAGAUACAUCUGUUGUUAUUGGCCUGUAGACUUUGCCUGCGUGCAGACGUCCCCUAUUUCCUUUGUUGCAAGGAAAUAGAAGACGUAUGCACGCAGGCAACUGAAGACUACGAGUGGUUCCCAUUUUCCCUUAGGGAUAGUAGUGGGAUUGCAAUGCGAGCGCGCGUAAAAUCACCCCACCGCGUCUGACCUUUCUCGCGUGGGGUUAUUUCACGCGUGCUCGCGUUUCGCUCGCCUUACUAUCCCUGGGGAAAAAUGGGGACUACUCGUAGUCUAUUGGCCUGCUAUUGUUUGAAGGGCCAGGGCCAUUGUUUAGGUCGUUCAUCUAUUGCAUCCCUAGCUUACUACUAAAUCCGUUCUGGGGAUAUUCGUGCCACUUCCAUUUGUCCCGCCCUAGCUGCAAUGGUGUGGUGAGAAAAAUUCACUGGCGUUUACAUCAGUUUAUUCAGUAGUUUUUCCUUCUUUUUUUCUUUUCCUGUAUAGAUCUAUUAAAUGAAAUCUUUUUUUGCGUUUUUGCUUACAGAAAAAAGAUGUCGAGCGAACGAUUGGUAUAGAUACUGAUUACAUUGAGACAAACGAUUUUAACCUGGAAUAUCUGGACAAACAGUUCCUCGUUGAAGUAAGUAUCUUCAAACAUAUUGCUCGUAUUAGUUUGCCAUCUUUUAACGUAGGUCAUGAGAAUUUGCGAAAUAUCAAGUUGAAAGUACCUCCAAGGAUACUUUAUUUUCUUUCUUCUAUUAAGUUUUUUUUUUUCUCUAAGUAUUUUGGAAGUUGACCUUAAAGCAGUUUGCAACAGCACCAUGUAACACAGAAUCUGAGGCUUAUGUUAAUGUAGUUAAACCUUUAUAAGGCAAUCAGUUUUAGGAUGGACAAUUGAGUGUUUAGCGCAGGUUUGACCAGCUAAAACUAAAACAUAAGAAGAAGGACCAUCAGUCACAAGGUCAAGAGGUUUUUUACUCUCCUUGCGGCUAAAUAAAACAAAUUUAUACAUGUCGUCGUUCACGUCGUUGUUCCCAGUGUGCUUUCCGUCCCAUCCUCUGGAGACUGGAAACGAACAUGCGCCGUUCUUUCAAAAGGCUACUGAUGUCCUUUUUUUCAAGGUCCUGCUUCGUCGUUUACCAUCCAGUAAGGUGCUUCUUGUACCAUGUGACCUUUUCGUGCAAAGACCCAUCUCUGUUAGGGCGGUACGUGAAGUCACCAUUGAAGGUCCAGCGCUGCCCUCCUCGAAAGGAAACUAAUUUUACCUACUGUUUUUUUCUCUAGUCCGGUAGACGAGCGACAAAAGCGUUUCUUCGAGAGUACAAACUUCGCCGCACCCGUAGAGAACAAGAGUCUGCUCUGAGCGCUUCGCGGAAUGAAGGGAGGCCACAAUCCGGCAUUACAGUAACUGUUAGAAGUGCUUCAGGUUCAGACGACAGCCCGUUCCAGGAAGAUCUUCCACCAGAAUACGCCAUUACACAAAACCGUACAGACUCAAGUGUAGCGCAGGCCACUAACCGUCACCCACGUGACUCUAUUACGUCAGUUACGUCAUUAGAAACGAGUCAGCAAGAAAAUCCAGUGCGGCGAUCGUCAGCUGGAGUAAAAUUACCUCCCUUGUCACGUGAAAGGGAAGCGUCACGUGAGCAAAGCGAAAAUUUAGCCAGAGAGGGAUCUGGGGAUAGCGUGACCAGCGCACGUAAGGUAGAUGUUGAUGUAAAACGUAGUCCCUUCCCAAGUCGAAAUCAAAGAGUUGGUGACAUUUCGAACUGA